AUGUUGUUUCUCAUACUGUUAUUUUUGAGUCCCGCGGAUGGUUUUAAUUAUGAAGCAGGAUACGAUCAUCAUUAUACUUAUUCGUCAACAUCAGAUACACUUGGGAUGCACAAUGUCACCACGGUACUAAAGUUCCGAAUACGGAAGAUCAAUGAAACCGAUACUGGUAUAAAAUUCCAUCAGUUAUCAGUAGACAGUUUUGUUCAACAUGCACAGAAUGGUGAAUAUGCUGACAAUCCGUUCAAAUGGGAUCUUACUAAGAGUUUCUUAUUUGAAAUGGAACCUGAUGGUUUGGUUCAUUUUAUUCAUUACCACAAAGAAGACAAAGACGAAAUGGUCACCUUAAAGAAAGCUUUGGUUGGAACAAUGUCAGCUAAAUUUCAAAGAAGCGAUCACGAGACAUGGGUGUAUUCAUCAAGAGAAAGAGAUCAUGGCGGCUAUCUUGACCAUAAGUAUGAAGGGAAGAAGACAGAUACUGGAUACACUCUGACACGUGAACAUACUAGUUCCAAAACUGUUCUCAGAACACAUACUAAAAUGAUGCAUAUUGACCAUUCUGAUAAUAUCAAGGAAAUAAAAGCUUUUGAUAAUAUUACUAUGAAUGGUGAUGCUCCAGCUACACAGCGCAGUCUCGGCACACCUUUGCCAGUAGACAGAGAUAUAAAAGUUUAUUCUUCAGGAGGUAAUAUAAUUAUUUUCCAGGUAUCUCAGCCACAGCUGAAACAAGAAUACAUCUAA